AUGCUAACUUAUCCCAUCCCUUACCUCUUUACAAGCGACUAUGUCAACGGCGCUUCUAACCUCCCUCAUCAUGCUUGGACUGUCGCUCAGCCACUACAUUAUGUUGCCAGCAUUCGUCCCGAUGUCAUGAUGCGCUCAAUCUGGGUUCAUGGCAGUUAUAUGCAGGCAUUGGAACAAGACCUGCUCGUUUCUGCCUUGGAACUGCAAAAUGAGUUGCUUGGAAAUACUGAGAACUUUCGCCCAAUCCGCGCUCGACAUGUUGCCCGUUCUUUACCAGAACCAGGAGCCGAUCUCUCGACAACUCAACGGGAUGCUUUCCAUGCUAUCAACGGCCUGAAUAACCAGUCUUGGUUCUUUCACUCGCCACUUCAGUACUGGGACUGUAUAAAAGAGAACAUAUUAGUCGACCCUGAUAUCCUGGCAACCGUCAACGACAAAAAAACUCAGUCUACAUCAGUCAAUGUCACGCUCAGACACUCCAUCGUUUUUAGUGGAAAACGAUUCGAGGAACGUCGUCUCGUUGCUGCAGACGCUCUCGUCAUCACACUCAUUUAUCUACGAGAUUCGCCCGUCGGCCAACAGUGGGAAAGAAAAGCCGGCUUGUUACCUGACAAGGUUUCCAAUAAAUGGGACAUCUACCCGUCUGACGGUCGGUCAACCUCGAGCCAGCUUUAUGAGUUUCAGUUUCGCCCUAUAUCUCGCAAAGAUACAGCUAUUCUUGCAGUCGCGUAUGUAUUAACGUCAAUCUACUUCCUUAUGAGCUUAUCAAAACUGAGGGCUUUCAAGUCCAAGUUUGGCCUCAUUGUCACGGUCGUGUCCCAGAUCGCUUUCUCUGUCAUGUCAAGCUUCACCGUGUGCGCCAUCUUCAGACUUGACCUAUCACGCAUCCCAAGAGCAGCCUACCCGCUUGUUGUUCUCUCCAUGAGUCUCGAGAAUAUCUUCAGGCUUAUCAAUGCCGUCAUCCUCACUCCUCCUGAAGACUCAACAAGCAGCCGUAUUGGCAAUGCAUUUGGAGAAACUGCCCAUACAGCUAUCACCAGCUCACUGCAAAACGUGUUUCUUCUGUUGAUGCUUUCACGCUGGGUGUCCCCUGGUGUUUCGGCCUUCUGCUUAUUUGCCACUGUCGCGAUUGUGUUCGACCUUUUUUACCUUUCGACCUUCUUCUUGUCUGUUCUCAGCGUUGAUGUCCGCCGUACCGAACUUAGUGAUGCGCUUGCCAAAGCUUCGAUGCGUCAUAAUCGUAGAGGCUCUGAUUUUAAGCCUCGGGGAACGUGGGAACUUGUACUUCAAGGCAAAGCUACCUUGUCGACACGCAUAGCAGGCACCGUCAUCAUGCUUGGUUUCGUCCUCAUCGCCCAAUGGCACUUUUUCGAGGAAGGAACUAUCUUUAACUUCUUUUCGCGCCUUCAUCGAGGACAUGGCACCCUGGAAAGCAGUGGCUCGUCACAGAGCCCUCUGGACUCCAUACACCAAGCACGCAGCCCUAAGUCCUGGCUUCGUUUACAAGAUCACGAAACGGCUCAAGAAAUUAUCAGCAUCAUCAGACCCACGGCACAUAGCUACGUUGCGAGAGUAUUUGAGCCGGUUGUCUUCGUCAUGAAAGGUUCGGAUCGUAUGCCUCAUCUUAAGGAACCGACUCUACUACCGGCACUUUAUGACUUCAUCAACCAUCAACUCACUCGAUUUGUUGUCAUACUUCUGGUCGUGAUUGCGAGUGUCCGGCUGCUCACAUCGUUCCUCCUGUGGGAAGACAAAAGUGACGAUGAUCGUCACUCGGAUACCGAUCCCACACUUGACGUCAAGUCUUUUACCGGAGGGCACAGACUCGAUGUUGUAAUGCUUGCCGCAGCGGCCGAUGGCCAUGUUGUAUCGGUCGGAUUGGAUCGCACAAUACAAGUUUGGGAUGCCCGGCACGACAUAUUCCCGUACACCAUCGUUGAUGGCUGCCGCACAAACGAUGCCCCCUUUCCCGUGCUCGCCAUGACUAUCGAUGACAAUUCCAAGUGGUUGGCCAUAUUAUCACCCACCAAGAUAGCUUUAUGGAACAUAAAAGACAAAGUCUGGGGGCCUCCACUCUCCGUCAACCUUCAAGGCCAGAAAUCUGAGGCCUUCUUUUUCGGCUCGUCCGACACAAACAGCGAUAUCCCUCGACUGGUUCUCGUACGCAGAAACGGGACACUUACCGAAUUCAUGCCGGAAGCAGGAGAAGGGGCAGACUACGGCAUCUGUAGAAGUCCACUUACAUGUGUCAGACCUCUGAUCGGGAAGCGGAGCAAGCAGGCAGCGCCAUUAAUUGCCAUUAUCACCGCAUCUAGAAGAGGCUGUGUUCACGCAGCGACAAGAGAGACGCUUUCCUGGAAUUCCCGAAGUGUUCAUCUUGAGGGCAUUGAACAAGACGGAGUUCAUCAAGUAGUGCCUCUUUCUUCACUGGGUCUCUUCUUGAUUGCAGGAAUCAGUCGCGUUCAUCUCGUGGAUAUGGAAGACUACAAUCUUGUCUAUACGUUUUCAACGGAACCCAUGGCCCAGCGCUCACUUCAAAGCGCUUUCUUCGUUCGGCCUUCCUCACAGCCAGUGUCCAAUGGCCUUGCGUGGUUUACCUUAUGUUAUACUGGAGCUGAGUCAGGGGAUUGCAUUGUACAAACCUUUGUCCCUCCAGGAGAGCAUGACAUGAUUUAUUACCAAAGCUCUGUGGUCCCCGAAGCUCCAGGCUGGUGUGCGUGGGAAUCAGUCAAGGAAACAAAAAGACAUAUAAAGAACCCUGGCUCAUGGAGUGUUCUAUCUGACGGUUGUGUUGUGGGCAUUCGGCAAAAGCCAACCCGAGUUUUAGAUGUCGAAACCAACGGACGGCACAAAGCAGAUGGGCUUCGACACCGAUCCCCGCGCAAAGAACCGGGACGGGAUAUGUUUGGUCGUUGGGAGAUUUGGACCGCGCCGCAGAGUGGCCAGUUAAGAACUGACGAGACGCGACCGCUAUUUCAAGAUAACGAGAGAGCUGGACACUUGAUCGUGACAGACAUUGGCCCCAUGGUUCGAGUCGGCCAGCGAUCAGUUGCCUUUAGCUUUGGCAAUGUGGUGAAACUGGUCACAGUUGGAGGGCACGAGCGGUUUGAGAAUGGUAUGGCAGAUAAGAGCUUGGAAAAUUUGAAUAUCGGAAGCAGACGUCGAAAGCCAGGCGCACUGGUACGACCUAGAGCUUGGACUUAG